AGGUGUGAACCAGGGAGAGCUUCCUGGAGGAAGUGGUGUCUGAAGAUAGAUGGUAUUGGCCAGGGGAAGGGCAUUCCACCUGACAGGUAAUUGAACAGAGGGCUGCAGGCAGGAGACAACACCAUGUGUGUGAGGAACUCCAGGCCAUGUCACAGAAGCCAAGCGUUAUUCUCUGGACAGCUGGAGGUACCUCAGAGGAGGAAGGGAGUGAUGUCAGCCUUGUGCUUUCUGGAGACCACUGUGGGGCCCCCAUGGCAGGCCAAGGGAGUGAGGCUAUUACAUUGGUCAGAGUCAAGCUAGAGAUGUGGGCACAGUGGGCAAUGUUGGGAAGAAACUGGUCAGACUGUGCCUGGCCAGUGUGGAAAGGAGGUUUGGGGAGCUGCUAAGCCCCACAGGGCUGACUUGGCUCCAGGUCCCUGGAGUCAUCCAGUGGACUCGUCGCAAAGCCCUUGGCAAGCUCUAACCUCAAGGGAAAGGUCUGGCAUGUGGCCCUGGUGUGGGUGCUGUCAGCAUGUAGGGUAAGCCCCCCGCACAGGUGGAGGAAGAAGAGGCCAAGGACUGAGUGUGAGGCCCCUCCCCAGCAGGGCCCCAGCCCAGCAGCAGCGGCUCCCACACAGCCCUACCCUGGGGCCUGGCAGACCUGGGACAGUUCUGCUUUCCAUCCUCUCUCAGGCACUAUUUUGUCACUUGCCUUUCAUUCUUUUCCCUCACCUCUUUCCUUCCCCUCUUCAUGAUCUGCUUUCCUGCUCUGUCUCGUGCCCAAAGCCCCCUUCGCCCCCGGUUGAUUUUGCGGUUUCUCGUCUGCGGCAUCUUCUUUGGCAGCCUCUGUCUCCAGAGAGGCACUGGGCAGCAAAAGGUGGUCAGAGCCCUCAGAAUGGUCUCCACGCACCGAGGCGACCACACUGCAACCUCUCCUCCAGGACAUCCUCCACACUCUUUCAGCUCUGACUCAGGCAGCAGCCAUACUUGGUGACCCAGCGGAGGCCACACCAGCCCCAGUUCACUGCGGCAGGACCAAGGUGUUCAUGACUGACUCCAUGCUGGAGCUUCUGGAACACGGACGUGCCCAGGUGCUGGAGCAGUGUGCCCGCCGCAUCCAGGGCAGCUGGAGGCGACACUGGCAUCGCAAGCGGGAGAGGCAGAGGCGGGCGGCUGUGCUCAUCCAGGCAGCCAUCCGUUCCUGGUUAGCUCGGAGACAUGUGCGGAGGCUGCACGCAGCUGCCACGGUCAUCAAGCGCGCGUGGCGGAGGUGGAGAAUUGGAAUGGCCUUCCUUGCUUCGAGAGAACUGGAUGGUAUGGAAGAAAAACACUUGUCUCAAGUUCCCCUUCCCAAGGGCUCUUUCCUGCUGCCGCAGACACAGACCAGCCCGCUGGCGGCAAUAAUCCGCCUCUGGCCCCUGGGACUGGUCCUAGCCAACACGGCUGUGGGUGUCCGCGGCUUUCAGAGGAAGCUGGUGGUCUGGGCCUGCCUCCAGCUCCCCGUGGGGAGCCCCAGUAGCUACACGGCCCAGACGGCACAAGAACACGCUGGUGUCACAUCCAUCCGAGCGCUGCCUCAGGUAAGCUGUGUGGCGGGACAGCAGUCCUGCCCGCAACGGCUCUGGGCCCCUCACAUAUUGCAGAAGGCAGGAGUCAAAGCCCAUGAGUCCGCAGCAGGAACAGGACUGAGGCUCGGACAAGAGCUGUCCCGACCCUGGUCCCAAAGCCAGAAGCCUGAGCUUCCCACCUGGCUGCAGGUUUAG